AUGAUGACAGAGGCAGACAACAAAUAUGACAAAGAUGACAUAAAGACAACAAAGAUGAAAAAGAUGACAAAAAAGAAGAUGACAAGGAUGAUGACAAAGACAACAAAGACAAAGUUGAUGACAAUGACAAUGGUAAAGAAGACAAAGAUGAUUACAAACAUAAAUAUGACAAAGAUGACAAAAAAGACAAAUAUGAGAAAGAUGACAAAGAAGACUAAAAAGAUGAUAAAAACAAAUGGCGAAAAAGACAACAAAGACAAAGUUGAUGACAAAGAUGAUGACAAAGACAACAAAGAUGACAUAGAUGAAAAGGCUGAUAAAGACUACAAAGACAAUAACAAGGACAGCAAAUAUGAUAAAGAUGACAGAGAUGAUGACAGAGAUGACAGAGAUAAUGACAACAAAGAUGACUAUGAAGAUGAUGGCAAAGAUGACAGACAAUGGCAAAUAUGA